GACGUCAUGAAAGUUUAAACAUUUCUGGCGACACAAUUUCAAUUUACCAACCCUCACUCUACUUCGCAUGCGAAUACUGCAACGUAUCCCGGGGGCUUCGUGUUGAUUCAUUAUCGGACUCACGGGCAUCUCUUCAACGCCAGCGAACGAUUUCCAGCAUUGCCGCUAGCCUGCAGAUUCGAUUCCAAGAUGGAGCCCAGAGCACGCGCCGGCAAAAAUGUCGGGAAGAUGAACUUUGGCAAUGCCGAGUUAUCUUCCCUUCUCUACGGCUGCGGCGACGUGCGACAACCACUGCCCGAGACGAUCAAAGUCAUGGACGAGAUAGCGACCGAGUUCAUCCAAGGCCUCUCGUUUGAGGCAACGCGCGUGGCGCAGUACUCUGGCCGCCAAAAGGUCAAGUAUCAGGACUUUGAGUUUGCCUUUCGCCGCAACCCGUUGCAUCUGGGCAAGGUCCAGGAGAUGUUUGAGCUCAAGAAGCAGGUCACCGAGGCGCGCAAGAUGCCGGGGAUAGACGAUGACUCGCUGCUCAAGGAGGCGAAGCAGCUCGCGGGAGAGACUGAACCCAGCACGACGGGUCGCGGAGGCAAGAAGCGCAAGAUCGCGGCGGUGCAGGAGGAGGAGGAGCUUGGAGAGGGCGACGACGACGUCCUGGACGAGCCGGAUACUGUUGGGAAGAAGCGCUAGAGGCGCCGCACGAAGUGAUGUUGUGGUUGUUGCUUUGAUCGGCUUCACGCAGUGCCGGUUGGACGCACCACCAUACUUCUUUGCUCCAAGUAUCCGCUCACACAGUCGUCAUGUUUCUCCAUUAGGCAGACUCUGGUUUGGGGUUUUUUUGGUGGUCUUUUUUCGUCGGCCCGUUUCCGGUACGCUUGUUUGGCGUUUGAUUUUUUAAUCGUGUUGGAAUUGCAUAGCGAGGCGUUCAGGUCAGGUCAUGGGUUAUGAAUUUGGAACUAGUUCAUUCAGAGACCCGGGUUACGGUCAUAGCAUACGGAUACAACACUUCUAGCCUCAGUCGCACC